AUGGAAGAGCAAAUUGUUCAGCACGUCCAAGAAUUGGACGCUCGUUUUUAUGGUUGCACAAAACAAGACUUGUGCGCUUUGGCUUUUCAGUUUGCAGAGAAAAAUAAGCUUCCGCACAGUUUCAAAAACGGUAUUGCCGGAGAACAAUGGUAUUCAAAUUUCAUGCGCAGACACCCGGAACUCAGUCUUAGGACUCCAGAAUCUACCAGUAUUGCCCGUGCGUGUGGUUUUAAUAGACCUCAGGUUCAGCGUUUUUUCGAGAAUUUAAAAACAGCUAGAGAAAAACAUAACUUAGAACUGGAUAACAUAUAUAACGUGGACGAGACCGGAAUACAAACAUCUGCAAAACGCCCACCUAAAGUCAUUUCAACCAAAGGGAAAAAACAAGUUGGGAGUAUUUCGUCAGUCGAAAGAGGACAACUCGUAACAGCAAUAUGUUGUUGCUCAGCUUCUGGCAAAUUUAUUCCUCCAGCUCUAAUUUUUCCUAGGAAAAAACGAAAUCCAAGAUAUUUAAAUGGAACUCCGCCCGGCACUAUUGAUUUUGUAAGUGAUAAUGGUUGGGUAAACAGUGACAUUUUCCUUCAAUGGCUGAAAUUUUUCGUAAAGUCCGUGCGACCAACUCCAGAACAGAAAUGUUUACUGGUUUUAGACAAUCACGUAUCUCACAGAACUUUGGAACUAAUAGAUUAUGCAUCAGAAAAUAACGUGGUAAUUCUUUCAGUGCCACCGCAUUGCACCCAUAAGCUACAACCAUUGGAUGUAGCUGUUUAUGGGCCAUUGGGAAAAUACUUUGAAAGGUCAGUCGACAAGUGGCAAAAACAACAUCCCGCACAGCACAUCACUUUAUACGAAUUGGGAGAGAUUUUUGCAUCAGCGUAUUUGCAAAGUGCAACACCACAAAACGCUAUUAAUGGCUUCAAAAAGUCCGGUAUUACUGAUGGAGAUAUUGAUGUAUUUAGCGAUAUAGACUUUGCACCAUCGUUGGUAACUGAUAAAUUGCAAGACAAUGAACAACAAGUGCAUAAUUAUUCUGACGUUCCGAUAGCAUCAUGCUCAAAAGAAAGUGAUAAUCCGAAUACUUCUAGUGACAAGAAGCAGAAAACUCCUCCAUUGUUUAACAAAUCUUUGGAAACCAAACAUAUCAACCGAAGUUCUGUAGAUCAUCAUACUCCAGGUUCACCAAUAAUUUUAUGCCCAAAUGAAAAAAGCAAAUCUCGUUCCGUUGAACAACCAAGAGCCAUUUCGCCCAUUCCAUCUUGUUCCUAUUAUCAACCAAAAAAAAAAGUCAUUUACUCCAAUCGCUGA